CGAAGGUCGCUUCACGAUCAAGCUACCACUACGCCGCCCGCCUUACUCACAUCGUUCGUAAACAAAACUAAAAACUAAAGUACGAGACCCCACUACUCGUUUCGGACACGUUCACAGUGCAUAGUAAAGAAAUUCAAGUUAAAGUUUAUGUGUUUAUGGUAUUAAGUUGUGCAGUAGUAAUUCAUCCAAAACUGGGGUAAACGGCCCGUCGGCCGCCCACGGACUGUAGUAACUGUAGUGACCGUAUCACAGUCGUGCCCACCAGGGUAUACACCGAAUAUUGGCGCCCAAUAGAGUACAUCUUGUCACAUCAAAACAGAAAUAAUUUGAAGAAAAUGGCAAGCGAAACCUUAUAUUUUUUCUUUCGAAAAUACAACACAGACGUUGGUGGCGUGUCGCGGUAAAAAAGUAUGGAGGGCGCGGACGGAAGCGAUGACCUGUUGGAUUGGGAGACCCUAUACCGGCUUCCGGUGCAGAAUACUUCAUAUAAUACUACAGAAUGGGUACCCCUCGGAUGGAAUGUUACAGUGGCCAAUACUACAUGGUGGGAGGCGUCCGCGCCCUUUGACUCGCCUGCUGCUCUUUUACGGGCGGCAGCUAAAGCUGUUCUUCUUGGUUUACUCAUUUUGGCAACUGUAGUUGGUAAUGUAUUUGUGAUAGCAGCAAUAUUGCUUGAAAGGCAUUUACGGAGUGCUGCCAAUCAACUUAUUCUGUCACUGGCGGUAGCAGACCUGCUAGUGGCUUGUUUGGUCAUGCCACUAGGCGCAGUGUAUGAAGUUGCGCAAAAGUGGACUUUGGGCCCAGAAUUGUGUGAUAUGUGGACCUCAGGCGACGUGCUCUGUUGCACUGCCUCAAUAUUACAUCUAGUUGCCAUUGCUCUUGACAGGUACUGGGCUGUUACGAAUAUAGAUUACAUCCACGCACGAACGGCGCGACGAGUGGGUUACAUGAUCGCAUGUGUAUGGAUAGCGAGUUUUUUUGUUUGUAUCGCCCCACUGCUGGGAUGGAAAGAUCCUGAUUGGAAUCGUCGCGUUUCCGAAGAUUUGCGAUGCGUUGUCAGCCAGGAUGUAGGUUAUCAAAUAUUUGCAACAGCUUCUUCGUUCUACGUACCGGUACUCGUUAUAUUAAUAUUGUAUUGGCGGAUAUACCAAACUGCUAGGAAGAGAAUAAGAAGACGUCACGGUACUACUACAAGAGGAGUGGGACCACCGCCUGUUCCAGCUGGAGGAGCUUUAGUUGCUGCCGGUGGCAGCGGAGGUAUAGCUGCUGCUGUAGUUGCUGUUAUUGGUCGCCCAUUGCCGACCAUAUCAGAAACUACAACGACUGGAAUAACAAAUGUUUCCUCGAACAACACAAGUCCUGAAAAGCAAUCCUGCGCCAAUGGUCUUGAAGCAGAUCCACCAACUACAGGAUAUGGAGCCGUUGCCGCAGCUUAUUAUCCGACUUUGAUUCGACGCAAACCCAAAGAGGCUGCCGAUUCUAAAAGGGAAAGAAAAGCGGCAAAGACAUUAGCAAUAAUUACCGGCGCGUUCGUAGCGUGCUGGCUUCCCUUUUUCGUAUUAGCUAUUUUAGUACCGACAUGUAAUUGUGAGGUUAGUCCGGUACUGACGUCCCUGUCGUUAUGGUUAGGUUAUUUCAAUUCAACUUUAAACCCAGUGAUAUACACUGUGUUCAGCCCGGAAUUUCGGCAUGCAUUUCAGCGAUUGCUCUGUGGACGCCGCGCACGCCGUCGCCGCGCUCCACCCUAGUUAUCACGCGUCCCCCGCUCUUCGUUUUUAUGAGCCUUUACCCCAACCCGACUGACCUCAACGUUCUAUCUCGAUACAUAUUGUGUUUGUUACCUUGUUACAUUUUCAGAGAUAUAUUUACACCCUAUUAUUUUUUGUAAGUGAUGAAUGUGGUAGUGAAUAUUGCUAUUAAACCAAAUAAUCUUUUAUAAUAAUUAUGCUAAAACUAAGUUUUCAUAAGUUAGUGCUGUGUAUAUAACUUAUAAAAUGAUCAAAACUUAGAUACAAUAGAACUUACUGUGAUCCAUGAUUGUAGAAAAUAAGAGAGGUACUAAAUAUUUUUAGGAGUGAAA